AUGCGCUUGACCGAUGCCGUGCCUCUGUCACUUCUUACAUUGGCUCCCUUUAUAGGCUACGUCUCGGCAUGGAACAGUGAAUUCUCCGACGUCUCUCUCGCUACACAGUCCGUUUCCCUCUUCGGUGAUCGGCCGCCCGGAUGCCCCGAGUGUCCAGCUUGCUUCAACUGCCAACUCGACAACUACAACUGCACCCAUUUCGCAGAAUGCAACAGCUACAACGGAAAAUGCUCCUGUCCCCCUGGAUACGGAGGCGAUGAUUGCUCGGUACCUUUAUGUGGCUCUCUGGCCGAUGGCGACAACAGACCGCAGCGUGACUCCGAUACUUGCAAGUGCAAGGACGGCUGGAAGGGUAUCAACUGCAACGUCUGCGAAACGAACGAUGCUUGCAAUGCUUUGAUGCCCGAAGGUGAAGGAGGAGUGUGUCACAAGCAGGGUGUCACCAUCAAGGAGAACUUCCAAAUGUGUGAUGUGACCAACCGGGCCAUUUUGAAGCAGCUCGAGGGGCGCAAACCUCAGGUUACCUUCUCGUGCGAAGCCGAGGAUGAUACUUGUAGUUUCCAAUUUUGGGUUGGCCAGAAGGAAUCCUUCUACUGCGGCUUGGACACCUGUGAACGAAGCUGGGAAUCGGACUAUGAGUCCAACUCGACUCACUAUAAGUGCGAAAAUCUGCAAUGCAAGUGUAUCCCUGGUCGUUUCCUGUGUGGCGAGAAUGGUUCCAUCGAUUUGAGUGACUUCCUUGAUCAAUCAAUCAAGGGCCCAGCUACAUUUGACACCAAGGCGACAUUGGAUGGUACGGCCAGUGUGUUUUCCGAGCCUCAAAUGAACGGAUUGAUUGCUGCGGUCUUCGGUGAUCCCAGUAUCUUCCUGUCGUGCGAUUCGGGAGAGUGCGUUUAUAAAACGGAUGAGCCUGGAUAUGAGCGCCCGGUGAAGAAGAUCAACACGCCGCUCAUUGCCGGUGUGAUCGCCGGAAGCUCGCUCUUUGUGGUUGCCGUCAUUCUGCUUGUUUGGUACCUGUCCCGUCGUGCUGCUCGCCGCAGCUAUCUUCGACUAUCACUCUCGGAUGAUUCGGACGACGAAACUGCCAAGCUUCUGGCAGACUAUCGCCCAGCGGCCUUGUAUUGGGAGAAUGUGGCUUAUACCUUGAAUUCGAAGGAAAUCCUUUCCGGCAUUCAAGGUGCAUCUGCCCCAGGCCAAAUCACGGCCAUCAUGGGUGCAUCAGGAGCUGGCAAAACUUCAUUCCUUGAUAUUCUGGCACGGAAGAACAAACGUGGCAUGGUGAAUGGAGACUUCUAUGUCAACGGCGAACAAAUCAGCGACAGCGAUUUCAAAUCCAUGAUCGGCUUCGUGGAUCAGGAAGACACAAUGCUUGCGACCCUUACUGUUCACGAAACCAUCUUGACAAGUGCUCUUCUCAGACUACCAAGGGAUAUGAGUCGUUUAGCCAAGGAGCAAAGGGUUGUCGAAGUCGAGAAGCAAUUAGGAAUCUAUCAUAUCAAGGACCAACUUGUUGGCUCGGAAGAAGGCAAUGGUCGUGGCAUCUCUGGAGGAGAGAAGCGACGCGUCGGAAUUGCCUGUGAGCUGGUCACCAGUCCCAGUAUACUAUUUCUGGAUGAGCCCACCAGUGGACUGGAUGCUUACAAUGCGUUCAAUGUCGUUGAGUGUCUGGUCACACUCGCCAAAACAUACAACCGAACCGUCAUCUUCACCAUCCAUCAGCCGCGCUCGAACAUUGUCGCUCUCUUUGAUCGAUUGAUUCUGCUUGCUGAGGGACGUACCGUCUACUCAGGCCCCUUCUCUUCUUGCCAGCAGUAUUUCGACAAUAUUGGGUACUCAUGCCCACCUGGAUUCAACAUUGCGGAUUACCUAGUCGACCUUACGAUGCACGCAGGCGCAGCACACUCUUCAUACACAGAUGAAGUUGCAUCCUCUGUUGACGGGCGCACCGGCCCGUUCAAGACUGCAUCCAGUAGCCUUAGGGCUGUCAAGUCUGUUGCGAGUGCGUCAAACUACAGCUUCGAAGAUAACUCCAGCGGUGCAGAGGCGACCCGGCGACCCAAGAGCAACCGACGAGUCUCCUUGAAACAGCAACAAGAUCGUCAACUAUACUCAAGAAAGCAGCAGAGUGAGCGUCCAGCGACACCCAAGACAGAUGACGAGAGUGCCACGCUGGAUGUGGCCGAGAAUCAGCAGCAGUGGCUUCGGAUGUCCCGUCAAGGGGGCAACGUCCCGCCUCAGAACCUCGAUGAUCCCGAUCAACUACCCCCUCCAGCACCUGGUACAAGUGACCUCGAUAUUCUAAUUGCUAGCUACGCCGAAUCCGACGUUUGCAAUUCUGUACACGAUGAAAUCGUGGCCGCUGUACAUAACGCCCAGGCAGCAAAUGGCUCGCCUAACUCAGCUAUCCUUUCUGAUACUGCGGCGCAGUCUAAGGGCUUUGCUCGAGUGGGCCUGGCACGACAAUUCAUCAUCUUGUCGCAGCGAACAUGGCGCAAUCUUUAUCGCAACCCGAUGCUCAUGCUCACGCACUAUGCCAUUGCCAUCCUGCUUGCGGUUCUUUCCGGUUACCUCUUCUAUGGUCUCACUGACGACAUCAGUGGAUUCCAGAACCGUCUUGGUCUCUUCUUCUUCGUCUUGGCCCUCUUUGGCUUUAGCACGCUGACUAGUCUCAAUGUCUUCUCCUCCGAACGGCUUCUGUUCGUGCGCGAGCGGGCCAAUGGAUACUACCACCCUGUCACAUACUUUGCGUCCAAGGUCGUAUUUGAUAUUGUUCCUCUGAGGCUAAUCCCUCCAAUCAUCAUGGGUAUCAUCGUCUAUCCUAUGACGGGUCUGAUCCCAGCGUGGCCGGAGUUCCUUCGGUUCUUGCUGGUUUUGGUUCUCUUCAACCUUGCAGCAGCCGGAAUUUGCCUAUUCAUCGGAAUCAUCUUCCGUGAUGGUGGAGUGGCCAACCUGAUCGGCAGUCUAGUUAUGCUUUUCAGCUUGCUUUUCGCAGGCCUGCUACUCAACCACGAUGCGAUCCCCAAGUCAGCACUGUGGCUACAAUCUCUUUCCAUCUUCCACUAUGGAUUUGAGGCCUUGAUUGUAAAUGAAGUGACCUAUCUGACUCUGAUUGAUCACAAGUACGGACUUGAUAUCGAGGUCCCCGGUGCGUCAAUUUUGAGUGCUUUCGGCUUCAACACUCUGGGCUACUGGAACGACGUGAUUGGCCUUGCUGUGAUCUCUGGGGCCUUUAUCAUCAUUGCUUACACUGCAAUGCACUUCCUGCUUGUCGAGAAGCGAUGA